CCGCCCGCCAGGCCGCUCAGCCGAGCUCCGAGCGGUGCCCGCUGCGGGCGGGCCGAGGAUGGCCCUGUCACGGGGGCUGCGCUGCUGCCAGCGGGCGUUCGCCUGGGUGCCCGUCCUCAUCAUCACCCUCGUCGUCCUGUGGUCCUACUACGCCUACGUCUUCGAGCUGUGCCUGAUGACUCUCAGCAACCCUGCAGAAAAAGUGGCCUAUCUUAUAAUAUUCCAUGUUCUCUUUGUGCUCUUUGUGUGGACAUAUUGGAAGUCUAUAUUUACUCUCCCGGUUCAGCCAGGCAAAAAGUACCAUAUGUCCUACGCUGACAAAGAACGCUAUGAAAACGAAGAAAGGCCAGAGGUGCAGAGGCAAAUUCUUGCCGAAAUUGCAAGGAAGCUGCCGGUGUACACGAGAACGGGGAGUGGAGGUAUUCGAUUCUGUGAUAGAUGCCAGCUCAUAAAACCGGAUCGUUGCCACCAUUGUUCUGUUUGUGCUGUCUGUGUCCUAAAAAUGGAUCAUCACUGCCCAUGGUUGAAUAACUGCAUUGGAUUCUCUAACUACAAAUUCUUUCUACUCUUCUUAGCCUAUUCUUUGUUGUAUUGCUUGUAUAUUGCUGUGACAGUCUUCAAGUAUUUCAUUAAGUAUUGGACAGGUGAACUGACAAAUGGACGUUCCAAAUUUCAUAUCCUUUUCCUUCUCUUUCUGGCGGUUAUGUUCUUUGUUAGCCUUAUGUUUCUGUUUGGCUACCACUGCUGGCUCAUCAGUAGAAACAGAUCUACUUUAGAGGCUUUCUCAACUCCAGUGUUUCAGAAUGGCCCGGAUAAAAAUGGAUUCAAUCUUGGCUUUGUAAAGAAUUUUCAACAAGUGUUUGGAGAAGAAAAAAAGCUUUGGCUACUACCUAUUGCCUCCAGCCAGGGUGAUGGACAUUUUUUCCCAAUGAGAGCUUUGUGUGAAGCUCAGAAUCCUCUCCUAUCAAACGAAGAGCAGUGGGAAGAUGAUGGGAUAGACGAGGAACCUCACGAUUCUGGUGAAGCUGUGUCCCUGGCCAUAGAAAGGGAGACAUAGCAGUUUGAAAGUGGCAGCAGUAGAAAGCCUGUUCAGAAAGCUUCCCUCUCAGGAGUCAACGUCCCUUCUCUCUGCACGGACUUCAGUUUUGAGAGGCAGAAAAAAAGUGGAUCUUCAAGAUGUAAAAGCAUCGAGAAGUAUCAUUUGAUUGGAAUCUGCAUUCUGGAGUGCUUCUCCAGAAAUCCUGCUAUCCAGAUGCUUCAAGGCUUUAUAAGUUUAAGUUAUGGAGUGAAUGGAACAGUUUUACAGAGUGAUUCUGGCCAAUCUUCUUUGGCCUGCUCUCUUUAUUUUAUAAAUAAUAUAUAUUUUUUAUUCAAAAUAGGUUUAAAAAAAAGUAUUGAUGCAAGUGCGUUUCCAAAGGCCUUUUCGUUUUGCAAACAUCAGGGACUUGAGUUCUCAAAAUUCUUCCAAGCCAUAAUAUUCUUGGGGAUGGGAAUUAUACUGAGACUGAUGCUCUGACCUCCUCAGCCAGGCAGCAUUUGCUGGUAUGUUUUAAGUUCUCAGUCUGUUCAACUCAGUGAGAUACAGACUCACUUAAAUUUGGCACUAAAUUGAUAGUUGAUAUAUUUGUGUUGAAAGAAAAAGCACUGAACAUGUAUAUAUACAUGUGCAACUGUGUAUGAAAACAGAAUGAUCACAUUGCUGGUAUCAAGAAUCAAGAAUAUUGUGGUCACAGAUGCUUUUUCUUUUUCUAGGGGAGUGUAAAUAUCUUACAGUUUGAGUUACAGCACCCUUCAAUCCUACUUACAGCUACCUAAACAGGAAUUUUAGGCAGCACAAUGUGCAUUAAUUCCUAGGGCUAAAAGGACAGUGUUUGCUUGGUAAUUAGAGCAUUAUCAACUCAUUCCCAGGCCCGUGUUCCACUGAGAAUCUUGUUUGUGGAGUCAGAAAAGAAGAUGUAGAUUUGAAGCACACAAGCUAGAAGAGUGUGCUGAAUGUUUAGCUCCCACAGUCAGGCUUGGAGUCUUCAUUCCACAAAGGUGGUUUCAGCCCUAUAAUGCUAAAGAGACUUUUAAUGUACUGAAUUAUCUCAAACUUCUUCCUCAGUAGAUGUAUUGACUGAUAUUUAAAAGGUUUUUCAGCACUGAGAGGUGAUUGGAUUCUUUAUUUAGCUCCAUUUGCAGUUAGAGGAAUGUAUUGUUAUUUUUCCUGUGUGGAAUGGAACUGAGAAUUUGCUGUCAGGAUUAUAUGUAUUUUUCUAGAUCCAAGUCACUAUUUUAUCUGCAUGAUUCAGAGCUGGCAACUCCAUCUCUCGUGUUUGAAUGAGGUGCAUGUUUACUGAAUUGGUAUUCUGCUUUUAAGAUCAUUUGUUAGCAUUUUCUAUCCUGGUUUUGUGUUUGUUCAUCAGCCCAUUUGUGUCUGCUUUAACUACAGUAGCAGUUGUCGUGAGAAAUCACCUUAUCUAAGUGUCUGUUGGUGACAGAGGCCUUGGCUACAGAUUAAGACUCUUCUCUGCUUCCUCUGUCCUGCUACCAGUGGAAGUAAGUUAGUGAGACAGAAGAGAUGUGCAAGGAUGUUUUGUUGAUGAGUAGACAUUUAACUACCUGGUAUAAACCUUGCCCUUUGGACAUGGUGUUUUAUACGUCAGACUGUACUUAGGAGUAGCACAGGGAAUAGACUCUGCAGAGUGUGCUACUGCUGAAGUUUAGUUCUCUGAAGUUGGGGCAGGUUCUCCCAGUCUAACUUACUCUCCUUUCUCUUCAGAGCUUUAUGGAACUCUCUUGGUAUAUUCCUACCUUGGCCUCUUCAGUCAGGUGGUUCUGUCACCAGGUGGCUGUUGACCACUGAAACUGUUUUUCUUGUUAAAUCUCAACCUGCAUUUCUUGUGAAUGAAUCUCGUGCUCAGUUUUAAACCAUGAAAGGCAGUGCCAGGACUGAUCACAUCGUUUCUGGUAAAAUGUAUUCUGGAAGGGGAUCGUGAGAAGGAGGUGCCAGUUAUUUGCUGUAGGAAGCAUGUAGGAAUUUAGCACCGUUACUUGUGCGUUUGUGCCUUUAAAACUCUAAAUUCUUUGUAUAUAAAAGCAGGAGGAUAAAUUGCUGACUGUUCCAUUCUGCCAGCUGAAGUGUGUUUUUCAGAUAGGAAUAUCAAAGCCGUGUGAAGCAGUGUGGAUUUACAAGAGUUUUCUGAGCAGGAUCUUGUGUCCUUUUGAGGUUUGGUUCUUUUUACAGCCAUGUCAUUAUUUUAAUGCUGUUUCUCUGCCAAGUAAAGAGCAGAAGAGUUACCUGAAAGAACUGCAGACUGCAUCCCCACUCACUGUCUAGAUGCAGCACUGUUCAUUAGUUAGUAUGUAAAAUGCAUUCUUGUCUUGUGGUUAUUAUUAGAGCAGAUACCAUUAUGAUAAUGCAGCUAUCCAGUUCAGAUUUAGAAGCAGCUAUAAAAGUUUCCAACUACUUAAAUGAUGUGUUGGCAUCGGCCCCUGUCUUACUCUUGUUAAAUAAACUUGCUUGUAGGUAGUUAUGGCAGAUUCUCCCUUCUCUUAAAGGCAGCUCAGCUGCACAAACACUCAUGCAGGUAAAAGUGAUAUGGCCAAUUUGCCAUGAUUUUUCAAGGUUUCUUUCCAUAUGAUGCCAUGAUAUGGAAUAUCCAUUUGGCUAGUUGAGAUCAGCUGUCGUGGUUCUGUCCCCUCACUGGCAGGACAGUGCAAGGAGUAGAGAAACUGAAAGGUGCUUAGCUCCACGCAGCACUGCUCAGCAGCAACUAAACAUCAGUGUUAUAUCAACGUUGCUUUUCUCCUAGAUCCAAAACACUGUGUUGUGGCAGACACUAUGGAGGAACAGUCAACUCUAUCCCCACUGAAAACAGAAGAGCUGAGCAGGCUCCUCUGCCUCCCAAGGUCAGAGCUGAUGCAGAAAGCUGCAGUGAAAAGUCUGGAGGGUGUUCACCAAAGCUGUAAGUGAGCAGCUGGAUCCAUAGAGGAAACCUGUUUCUCCAAGCACUGCUGCUGAGAUCUGUGUGCUCCGUGCAUUACUGCAGCUGAUGCUUCAGACAUCACUGCAGGUGACCUAACAAGGAGAACACUGGUUUUUCACUUGGCAUUUUUGGCUUUUAAGAAACCUGUUUAAUUAGAGACCUGGGCAGCAUUAAAGCAGUGAUUUUUGACUGCACCUCCUGCUACCUCUGGCUUUUAAGCUGGGUCCCUAUUUAAUUUAUUACUUGGCAUUGUUUUCUUAGAUUCUAUACUAAAGUUGCAUACAAAGAAUGUAGUAUAUGCAGGUUCUGCUAGGUAAGUGCAUUGGGAAACAAAUGCUUCAGGCUGUCUGCAGGCAAUGCUGCAGGUAACAGAACAGCUGGAGUAUUCAGCUGAGUGCACAUUAAGUUUUUUUAACAUGCAAAUAGCUCUUUGAUGGGUAGAAUGCAUUUCCACUUUCACUGUAACUUCAGUCCUCAGUGGAUAUCAGACUGCCAGGAACUGUAGAAGAAUUUGUCUGUGGAGAACAGUUUUGCUGGCUUAGCUUCAUGUAGCCAAGGGAGGUGGGAGAGCACUCUGUGUUGCCAGCAAGCUGCGGUGCUCAGUGCACGUCAGACCUUGGGCUGCCCGCUGUGCUGCCUGCCGGUGCUGUCUGGAUUGCUUGGUGGGAAUGUGGGAGCUGGAAUACGGCCAUCAGAAGCUGUAAUUCUACCAGCCAUCAUCAGCUGGCAAUGUGUGUGGCUGCAGCGAGAUCCCGUGCCUCAGUAUCACACACCUGAAAGCGUUGAACACACCAGUGAGCUUUGUUCGCUUUCAUCAGGGCACAGUAGUGUGAGCAUUCAGCCUGUGGAUGGCAUACCUUGCCUUUGGCCUUUCAUGGUCUCUAUUUAAGCAUUUUACAAUUGUUUCCUGCAGUGGGAGUGAGAACUUUUCCAAGUGGGUGUCAUCAUGUGAAAGAAAGAAUUCUCUUGCUGGAUUGUACUGUGGUACCUGCCACCCUGGCUUAUCCCUGUUCUCUUAGGCUAACGCUCCAAAAUAAUUCACUACUAACAAUCACCUCCUCACCUCUCCCAUUUCUCCCACUUACAUUCAGGUAGGCUGUACUCUUAAGAGAAGGCAUCAUAUUGAUGCCUCUGGAUUGCAUUGUGCAACGUCCUGACUGUGGCCAGUGAGUGCAGCCCAAGGAAUUAGGACUGUAGUAAGCAUCACUGCACUGCACCUUUAUUCUCUUGCUGAAUUGGUACAGUGUUUUUGGAGUAGAAUAAGAUUGUAUUCCUCUGAACAAGGAGUAGUACUGUAUGUUUUAGUAGGCCGUACUGUAGCUGAUAGGGCCCGGGAAGCUUUUUAAUAGCACUAUGGCAAUGAAUGUUUACUUCCUGGAACAAACCAGAAAUGUGAUUCAGCAAAAUAGCUGUAGUUUUUCUAUUCUGUAUGCUGGUGUGGAUUGUAAGCACAACUUAGUGGUUUGUUACAAAACUUGAUGUGUAAAGUCUGUAACUUAAUACGAAUGUAAAAUGUCAGGGAAAAAUAGAAAUUAACCUUUUCUUCCCCGUAGUUAGAUGUAAAGGAAGAUGUGUUGCAAUGCAUUCAGGGACCAGCUGCCUCCGAUGUAGUCGAUAAGCCAGCAGCACAGAUUUGCUGUUUGCAUAGCUGGCUCAUUCAUGCGAGUGUUGAAUUAGCAGGAUAAGGAGGUACUGUUGAUCUUGUUUAUUAAGCCAGAAUUAAUUAACUCAGAGUCACAUUUUCAUUUCCAUGACUCUUUUGGUACAAAGUUUCGAAACCAAUCCAUACUACUUGAAAAUAGCUUGAUUUUAGUGAUAUUUUUCCAAUUGUCAGGUUCUGUUUUGUUACAGAGCGCUUGUUCCGAAGCCAUCAAUUAAAGCAUCUCCAUGGUAGAGUGGCUUUUUUCAUUCAAAUAAAGGCCUGUCAAACAGUUGGGCUGUGAUGAGCACGUCCAGGCUGUGGCAUCAUGAUGUACCCUUCCUGCUUAAUGCUUAUUUCCUUUUCUGGUAGUUAACACUGAGAUCGUGCCUGCCCUUGGUUUUGUUCUUGCUCUGCUUUCUUAUCCCUUUUGCUCUUCCCCUUGAAUAUGUAGUUGAAGUAUCUCAGCUUUCCGCUGUUCGUGUGGUUUUGUUUGGAUGCUAACAAGGGGAGGAGGUGUCACUUUAAACAGCAGGGCCGUGUGUUUUAUUUGUAAUAAUCUUCACGUUUGUCAGGGACCGCUUUGUGAUUCCUUUUGUUCCGCUUGCUUUGCUCAGAGCAGUGGGAUCCAACUUUCUGCAUUGCUUUCCUGUUUCCUAAAAACCUUUGAUUUCCAGCUUCAGUUUGAAUUGUGGACCAUGUGAAGUAGAAUGUAAGUUUACUUUUCCGAUAUGAGCACAUAAGCUGGUUAUGCCUUCAUGCUGCUUGGAAUACGUAUUUUUUUCUGCAUAAGGUGUUAAGAUUUACAGCAGUAUUUGCUAAAGCUUUAGUGAAUAACAACCACUGCUUUACUAAAAAAGGUUUCUGUUAAGGAAAAAAAGAAAAAGGAUAAAGGGAUCAUCCUUGGUUCUUAUUUCAACCGUGCUUAAAAAAAAAAAAGCCACAAUUGGUUGCAUCAAAUGCUGCUAUCAAACAGCUGAUGUAACCCAGAGGUGUUGGACCUGAUGGCACUUCUGUAAUCUCAGGAUUUAGGCUUAAAUUACUCCUGUAGUUGGGGCUACAGGAAGCCCAGGUAGGAAGCAAUGUAUUUGUCCUGUCAGUCUCCUUUCUGAGCUGGAGAUGUGUGCUGCACCUCCUCAGAUCGCCACUCUCCUCUCCAAGAGAACUGAGAUUCCAUGGAGUUUAGAAAAUGUUGGCCUAUUUUCUUUUCCCUGCCUGUUCCUGGAGGACCCGGGAUGUGUACGAGCAUCAGAUUCUCAUAUCAGCAUCUGGCAUCCUGCUGAUGUAACGAAGCUCUUGGGUUGGUGCAGACGUGGCCUCCAGUGAGGAGCAGAGGAGGUAUUUCUGACUCAGAGAUGACAUGAAGAGGUAGGUGGGACACUUGUGCUGAUCUGAAUGAAGUCCACAUCAGGCAUUCUUUCAGUUAUGCUCAUUUCUGUUGUUCACACUGAUUGCCUCAGCCUGAGCCAUUCCGGCUGUUUUGGGAUUGCAGUGUUGGAGCAGGGAACCUCCAGUGCUCCCUGUCCCACCUUCUCUCCAAUACUAACAUAGAGAACAGAGAAGUUGCUGUAAAUUACUCUCCCUAUUCGGCUGUUUUUCAGCUGAGAAUCAUUUGUCUGAUCUGAAAAUGGGUAUCUCAAAGAUAGAACUUAACUAACUCCCAGGAUUAGAAUUCAGAUCUCUCAUUGUAUGUUAGAAUUCAGCAUUAGAAGCUGCUUUUAUGUUGCUUUAAAAUAAAGCAGUUUGGCUCGUUACUGUCAAUGGAUGGUUUUGAUUUGGUCGUAAACCUUGCGUGAAGCAGGACACAAACCUACAGCUGCUCUGGGACUAGUCAGCUCCGUAUGAGAGCCAAGAUACUACCUCUUCAGCUGGGCCAGAACUUCCUCUGUGAACCACUGUAGUGUAAAGAGCUUUUUACAUCAAGGAGGACUGGCCUCUGGGGCUCUGUGCCAAUAACUGCUGGAUUAUUUGGAACGGUAUAAUAAACUUUAUUGAUUUAUUGCUUUUGGUUGCUUGAGAGGUAACCAGGAUGAUCUGGUGUCGGUAUUCAUAAAAACCCUGAGUCUGCAAGGUCUGCAUAGUUCACACUGCUCUGCCCAACAAUGGAACGGCGCUCAGAGCUGUGUCGUUUGAUCCCUUAACUUUGUAGAAAGCAAAUGUUUUCCAGGAAACAUUGCAAACGUUCUGCUGACAGCACGUGGAUGUUUAGUGUAGAGUUCAGGAGUUUAAUGCUGUUGCCAGCAUUGAUACUUUUGAUAUCAAAGGGGUUUUUACAAAAGCUUUGGAUACUUGUUUUUACUGUCCAACAAAUGUCUUUAAUAUGAUUGUUUUGUGUACGUUUCACUAGCGUUUUCCACGUGUUUGUAUGGUUUCUACAGGUGAAUAUACUGUACAUUCUGCUUUGUCAUUUUCUAUUAUGGUUUAUACUAGAAAGCCUGCAUGGUUUCUACUGUAUCGCAGGCAAGGACUGCAUUAAAACCAUUUUGGGUUAAUUUA